AUGACACUGAGCUUCCCAGUGGUUGGACUGGUUGUCCUGCUGGACUCGAAGGAAUCUCAGGCAGAGCUGGGCUGGACCUCGCACCCAUCAAACGGGUGGGAAGAGAUCAGCGGCGUGGAUGAGAACUACAAACCGAUCCGCACGUACCAGGUGUGCAACGUCAUGGAGCCGAAUCAGAACAACUGGCUGCAGACGGGCUGGAUCGCCAGGCGCGACGGUCAGAGGAUCUUCAUCGAGCUCAAGUUCACCCUGCGGGACUGCAACAGCAUCCCUGGCGUGAUGAGCACCUGCAAGGAGACUUUCAACUUGUACUAUGUCGAGUCUGACUCCGACCUGGGCCGGAGCGUCCACGAGAGCAAACACACCAAGAUCGACACCAUCGCUGCUGAUGAGAGUUUCACACAGGGGGACCUGGGCGAGCGCAAGAUGAAGCUGAACACCGAGCUGAGGGAGAUAGGGCACCUGAGCAAGAGAGGCUUCCACCUGGGCUUCCAGGACAUGGGUGCCUGUGUGGCGCUGGUCUCUGUGCGAGUCUAUUACAAGAAAUGCCUCACCACCGUGCAGAACUUGGCCGUGUUCCCAGACACGGUGGCAGAGACGGCCUUUGCGACGUUGGUGGAAGUUAAGGGCGCUUGUGUCGCUCAUGCUGAGGUGGACGUGGAUAAUCCCCCCCGGAUGCACUGCAGCACUGAGGGCGAGUGGCUGGUCCCCAUAGGGAAAUGCACGUGCGGCCCCGGCUUUGAGGAGAAGGACGGGGGAUGCAGAGCUUGUCUUCCAGGAUUUUACAAGGUCUCCCUCCAUCUCCCCCUCUGCUCCCCAUGCCCUGAGCACAGCUUCACGCACGAGGAAGCCUCCACGUUCUGUUCGUGCCAGAAGAACUACUCCAGGUCUCCGUCAGACCCACCAUCCGCGUCCUGCACACGCCCGCCCUCUGCCCCGAGGAACCUGGUGUACAGCCUGCGGCAGUCGUCCCUGGUGCUGCAGUGGAGUGCCCCGGCCGACGCCGGCGGCCGCAGCGACCUGACCUACAGCCUGUGGUGUGGUCGGUGCCCGGCGGCGCUGCGGGGCCGCUGUGAGCAGUGUGGCAGCAGCGUGGGCUUCGUGCCACAGCAGACAGGGCUGGUGGAGCGCACCGUCACCCUGGUGAACCUGCUGCCUCACGCCAACUACACCAUCCGUGUGGCAGCCGUCAACGGCGUCUCCGGGGUCAGCCCGCUGGCGGGGCCGCAGUACGCCGAGGUCAACGUGUCCACCGGCCACGCAGCACCAAAUCCUGUCACCGACAUCCGCACGGAUAAAGUAGAGCAGAAGAGCGUCUCCUUGUCAUGGCAGGAGCCAGGCUUCCCCAGCACCAACGGCACCGAGUACGAGGUCAGGUACUACGAGAAGGAUCAGAGAGAUCAAAGUUACUCGACUGUGAAAACCACAUCAACGGCCGUGACGGUCAAUAACCUGAAACCUGGUACCCUCUAUAUCUUCCAAAUCCGAACAUCUUCCUCUCCAGACUAUGGGAACUACAACCCUGGCAUUGAAGUGGAGACGCUGGCAGAAUUGACAGUGGCCUCCAGUGAGCAGAACCCCGUCCUCAUCAUUGUGGUGGUGGCCAUUGCAGGGCUGACGGUGCUGGUGUCCACUGUGAUCGGUGUGAUGGUCUGGAGGAGGCAGUGUGGGUACAGCAAAGCCAGCCAGGAUGGGGAUGAGGAGCUGUACUUCCACUUUAAAAUACCGACCAGGAGGACGUACAUUGACCCCGACACCUGCGAAGACCCCAUGCAGGCUGUGCACCUCUUUGCCAAGGAGCUGGAUAAUGCCAGCAUAAAAAUUGAGAGAAUCAUCAGGACAGGAGAGUUCGGGGAGAUGUGCCGGGGGUGCCUGAAGCUGCCCAGCAAGCGGGAGCUGCCCGUGGCCAUCCAGACGCUGCGGGCAGGCUGCUCGGAGAAGCAGCAGCACUCCUUCCUGGCUGAGGCCUGCACCAUGGGCCAGUUUGACCACUCCAACGUCAUCCGCCUGGAGGGGGUCAUCACCAGAGGGAGCACCAUGAUGAUAGUGAUGGAGUACCUGGGGAAUGGCCUGCUGGACUCCUUUCUCAGGAAACACGAGGGGCAGUUCACGGGCUCGCAGCUCGUCUGCAUGCUGCAGGGCAUUGCCUCUGGCAUGGCGUACCUGGCAGAGAUGGGCUACGUGCACAAAAGCCUGGCUGCACACAAGGUCCUUGUGAGCAGCAGCCUGGUGUGCAAGAUCACUGGGUUCAGACGGCCACAAGAAGAUAAGAUGGAAACCAUCUUCUCCACCAUGCGUGGGAAGAGCCUGGUGCUGUGGUCAGCCCCCGAGGCCAUCCAGUAUCACCACUUCAGCCCGGCCAGCGACGUGUGGAGCUUCGGCAUCGUCAUGUGGGAAGUCAUGUCCUAUGGCGAGAGACCCUACUGGGACAUGUCCCACCAGGACGUGAUGAAGGCUGUGGAGGACGGGUUCCGCCUGCCCGCCCCAGCGAACUGCCAGCCCCCCCUCCACCAGCUGAUGCUCCAAUGCUGGCAGAAGGACCGCAGCCAGAGGCCCAAGUUCUCCCACAUCCACAAUGUCCUCAGCAAGUUGGUGCAGAGUCUGGAGCCCCCGAAGUGCCCCAGCUCCACGUGCCCCAGGUCCCAUGGCACAUCCAUCCCCUUCUCCGAGGGAACCUUCUCAGCCUUCCCAUCUUUCAGCUCUGUAGGCGAGUGGCUGGAAACGAUAGAAAUGGGCAGGUACAAAGACAACUUCACUGCUGCGGGCUACUGCUACCUGGAGUCAGUGGCCAGGAUGACAGCCCAAGACAUCCUCAGCCUGGGGAUCACGCUGGUGGAGCACCAGAAGACCAUCCUGAGCGGGAUCCAGACCCUCCGAGCCCAGGUGAUCCAGAUGCACGGCCGAGGGGUGCAGGUGUGAAGCAGUGCCCUGCAAAGGUGCAGAGCACCAGCCUGGCACUCCUGGGGAGGAGCUGCCCACUGGCCCCAGCCAGCCCUGUCUGUGAAACCUGGUGGUCUCAGGUGGGCUGUGGGAAUAUCUGGGUGCUGCCAAAUACGUCAUUCCAUGUAGCAAGAGAGCAGGGCUUCCGUCCCCUGAGC